AUGGUGAAGUUGUUCAUUUGGAAGGCAGCAAAUGAGCUACUUCCAACAAAAAAGAACCUUUUCCUGAGAAAGGUAGUUAAGGAUCCUUUCUGUCCAAUGUGUUUUAAAGAAGAAGAGUCAGUCAUACAUAGUUUGUGGGAAUGUCCAGCAACUAACGAUGUUUGGGCAAAUGACUUGAGUGGAGUCUCAAAGUGGAAAAGGGAAGGUGGAGAUUUUCUGGCUUUGUGGGUGAGGUUGAUGGGAGGUUUGGAUAACUCUAAACUAGAGGAGAUAGCUGUCCAGCUAAGGAAAGUGUGGCUAAGAAGGAACACUGUAGUGUUUGAAAAAAGACUUACAUGCCCAAAAACGUUGAUAACAACAUCCAUUGAGUCACUGGAGGCUUUCAAACAAGCUAACAGGUUGACUAAUAGUAACAAUGCAGUUCAACAGAGGAUAGUGGCAGUAAACAAGACUAGGUGGAUUCCACCAACAGCAAACUUUGUUAAGGUUAAUUGGGAUGCAUCUUUGGAUGUAAAGGAGAAGAGAAUGGGAAUGGAGGUGAUAAUCAGAGAUGAAAAUUGA